CCAGUCCUUCCCCCUGCACUUGUCAGAUGCAGAUGGGACUGGCAAAGUUUGUUUGAAUAAAAAAAAAAAACAAAAACCAAAACCAACAAAAAAAAAACCAACACGCCAAAAGAAGAAAAAAAAAGGGAAAAAAAAAAAAAAAAGGGGGAAGAGCAGGAGGAGGGGGAGGAAAAAAAAAAGAUCCUUAGAAAUCCAAAAAGGCUCAUCUGGGGAGGAGAGAGAGGAGAGCGAGAGGAAGCGGGAUGCAACUCAACCUGACGCUGAUCUGCUUCGUCUUCGGGGGGUUCCUGCCCGACGCCGCGGCCCGGCGGGAGCAAAUGGACACGGGGCAGUGCGACCUGCCCCGCUCGCAAGGAGAGCUCAACUCGUUCCUCUGGACCAUCCGUCGUGACCCCCCAGCUUAUCUUUUUGGCACCAUCCAUGUGCCCUACACGAGAGUGUGGGACUUCAUCCCUGACAACUCCAAGGCCGCCUUCCACGCCAGCUCCAGUGUCUACUUUGAGCUGGAUCUCACUGACCCUUACACCAUCUCAGGGCUGGCCAGCUGCCAGAUGCUGCCCCACGGGGAGAACCUGCAGGACGUGCUGCCUCGGGAGUUGUACCGCCGCCUCAAGCGCCACCUGGACUACAUCAAACUGAUGCUGCCCCACUGGAUGACCCCAGACCAGCGGGGCAAAGGCCUCUACGCUGACUACCUCUUCAAUGCCAUUGCUGGCAACUGGGAGCGCAAGAGGCCUGUCUGGGUGAUGCUUAUGGUGAACUCCUUGACAGAAACAGACAUCCGCUCCAGAGGUGUGCCCGUGCUCGAUCUCUACCUUGCCCAGGAGGCCGAGAGGAUGAAGAAGAGGACGGGUGCAGUGGAGAGGGUGGAGGAGCAGUGUCACCCGCUGAACGGGCUCAACUUCUCCCAGGUGCUCUUUGCUCUGAACCAAACUCUUCUCCAACAUGAAAGCCUCCGAGCAGGGAGUUUGCAGGCCCCAUAUACCACUGAAGAUCUCAUCAAGCAUUACAACUGUGGAGACCUGAAUGCUGUCAUAUUCAACCAUGACACUUCUCAGGUCCCUAACUUCAUCAACACAACGCUCCCACCCCAUGAGCAGGUGACGGCUCAGGAGAUAGACAGCUACUUCAGACAGGAGCUCAUCUACAAGAGGAAUGAGAGAAUGGGGAAGAGAGUGAUGGCACUUUUAAGGGAGAACACAGACAAGAGCUUCUUCUUUGCCUUUGGAGCAGGUCACUUCCUGGGUAACAACACUGUGAUUGAUGUACUGAGACAAGCAGGAUUUGAAGUGGAGCACACCCCUCCUGGACAACCAAUUGGAAAUUCAAGAACUACAAAGACAAGCCCAGCCUUAGAAGGGUCCUCAGCAACAGCCCUGCCAGCUCUGCAGCUUUCUGAGCAAGUCCCACUGACAUCACCUUCCCUGAAGCCUCUGCAGGUGGAUGAAGAAGACAGCCUGUCUCCUCACCUCCUCUUGCCAGACAGCAUCAGCCAGCUGGAAGAGUUUGGCAGGCAGAAGAAAUGGCACAAGAAGCAGCACAAACAGCAUCGCCAAAGGCAGUUCAAUGACCUCUGGGUUCGGAUAGAAGACAGCACCACCACGUUGCCUUCCUAUAUCAGGAUAACCAACGGCUACAUCACAGUCAAACCUCCCAUCUGGAUUUCAAACCGGCUGGAUCAGAGACCACGCUCAGAUCGCCCAUCCCAGCCUCAGCCUACAAGCUCAGCUUCAGCUAGUGUUUUAUGGCCAUCAGUAACUGCUCCUCUCUGCAUGGUCAUAGCUUCUUUUCUCCUGAAUCUACUGCAGCCUUCCUGACCACACUAGUAUUACAUGCAAUCCCUUGGAACAGAGAAGAGAGAUAAUUUAUGAACGAAUUGGAGGUUAAGACAACAACAGUUACAAGCUGAACCUUCUCAGUGACUCAGUAGUGCCUUCUAGCUGAUUUUGUCUCUUUGCCCAGAUACAUUUUGAAACUCUAAAGCUUUAUUGUAACACUGACUUACAUCUUCUUUUUGUAGAAGGAUCUUUAUUUCCCAUAGUGCUAUGGGGUUUUGUAAAAUAGACAUGUUCAUAUAAAGAAAAAGAAGGGGAAAAAAAAAGAAAAAAGGAAAAGGAAAAAAAAAAAGAAAAAUGUAUUUAUUCAACUGGUAAACUUAUUUUUCUUGUUGUAUAUGUUAAUAACAUCCCUAUUAAUCAGUAGCGAUGGUGAAACAGAUAAAUUAAUAUUGUCUAUAUUUGUUUUCUAACUGACAACUCUGCAAGCAUCUGAACUGACGCCAAAUGAAUGCCACCUUUGUUUCUUUAACCAUUCCUUUUUACAGCAACUGUCCACUAAGUGCAUUCCUGCCGACAGUCUUUGUUCUGCUGUUUCACUCUCAUUAGCAUCGCUUACACUGAAUAAAGCAGAUCCUGCUCUCUGUGGCCUGUGCUCCUUAGAAAAAUUGGUGCGGUUUUUAACUCCUUGCCUGCUACCAUCAUAAAUGCCACUUAGUUUUAUAUGACUUAUUAAGUCAUUAGUCAAAAUAACCCUCUAAGUUCCCCUCUUGUCUUUAACUAAACUAUUUAACUUCUUUGGAAAUGACCUAUUUCCCUCUUUGCCUGGGAUUAAUUCAUUAGCUAACGCAAAUUAAGGCACCUUUUCCUUAAUAAAAACUUGCUUUUAAACUCUGGAAUAA